AUGAGUGCCCUUAAUACCCUUUCGAAUAACCAGAAAAGUCAGCUUCGCCACGCAUUCACGUUAAUCGAUGGGGAACUGCGAGAUCUGCAAAUUACCAAGCAGGACUUGGUCAACCUAUACACUCAGCUCGGGAUCGCCGUACCCGCUGAAAGUGACUUGGAACGCAUGCUUACCGUCGAAGGCGGCGAUGCAGAGAAGGGGAUCAACUUUGCCCAGUUCCUGAAUAUCAUGGCGAAGGAGUUCUCCAAGUUUGACUCGAGAAUGACUAUAUACAACGCUUUAAAAGUAUUUUCCCACUCGGAACAAGUACCGAAGUUUCGAGAAGAACUCUAUAUCGAUGUUGAUCAACUUAAAGAUGCUUGUUGCUCAGUUCAACUUGGAGAAAUCGGCCUGGGGGACCACAGAUUGGACCGUAAGGUUUUUGAUAAAUUAGUGGAAGGGUUCGUCCAGGAAGAAAUGGACGGCAAACGCUUGUUCAUGGCCGACAAGUGGUUGGACGCCUACAUCGAUUAA